AUGGAUAGAGUCGCCGAUCGUAGACCCGUUGUGAAAGUGUCUUCGCCAAGAACUGUCGCAACAGUCCCAGAGUCGGGUGUCAGCCGUGAGCAGAGAGCACACGCCGACGCCGGUGUCGCGAAAAGUGUUGCUGGUGCUGAUUCCGACGACUGGCCAGCAACUUUGCCUCAGUGUUUCGCAGCUGCCGACAUUUUGAUCGCCAAAGAUGUAAGAAAGCCCCUCCCCGUGUUUGACGGACCUCAGGAGGCAGUCGACAGCAGGCUAGAAUUGACCGAGCGGGCGCGUGUGCAUGGUUCGGCGGAUUCCGAUUACCUAGCAGAAGGCUUUCUAACGCCAUUAUCCGACUUUGACGCCGGGAGUUACUACCGCGGGCUCUACACACAGGGUCCCGGGUACCUUGUCGCGUCCGACAUCGGUUACGAAAGGUUAACUGACGACGCUCCAGUGUCAUUUCGCACACCGGAGUGCAAGUCACCCGCGUCAUUUGAUAGGUUAUUCUCGUGCUGUCUGUCGCUGAGAAUACCGACCCCGCAGUCGGAACGGAGUACUCCGAGAGUUGAAUCAUCGCAGCCAUCAGCGAAUGUGCUCCCCGAUGCUGCGCAGCGGCUGAUAGAGUUAGAGCAGGAGGGUUUCAAGCGAGAAGAGAGCCUACCUCUCGCCCCGGAACGUUCCAACAGCUUUGACACUGUUUUCGCCAACCACGAGGGCAGCGUCACAGACGAUCAUCCGCUGCUUGACGAGACCGUUGGUAAUACGCCUGAGAAGAAAACCAGGCGUUUCUUCAGACGUCUACCAACCAAAGCCGAUAUCGAGGCUGAUAAGGCGAUUGUGCGAAAGUGGUUUGAGAAAACAGCAAACCUGCGCACCAUCACGGUCACGGCUGGAUCUCGACACGUAACAUCGUCUCAGCAUCCGCCUGUAAAGCUAGUGAGCAAAUCCGAAACUAAGGAGUUUGAUUCGUAUUUUCUUGCCGGCAUUAGGGAGUUUGAUAACAACGGCUACUCAUCGAGACACUCCAGCAAUUACGAGCUACCGAUUCAGAAUCCCGUUGUACGAAGGGAUACUGUAAAAGCGCCUUCACUUGUACGGCGCAGUGAAGCACCGCGUACUGAACUGGUGCAACCCCUAUCCAAAUCUACCACUGUUUCUGCGCCGUCGACACGGCAGGUUCACCUGAAAAGGGCCGAGCUCAGGACACCGCCAGCGCCCAAAGUAGAGCUUACUGAGAGACGACCUCUGCCACCGAGAUUAAUAAGGAAACCGUUAAUAUUCCCAAGGCGUCGUAGAAGGAGAACAAUGGACGCCAACGGUCUCAAGGACGUGGUCCGGGCCGACGAUGGCCAGCACAAGGAUCAACAGCAGUAUCAAGAGCAACACCUGGAUCAACAGAAUGAGCAGCCUGAGGAGCAACGAGUUCAACAGCCUGAGGAACAGCAAUACGAACAGCAAGGUGAACAGUCAGAGGAACAGCAGUACGAACAACAAGAGGGUCAAUCGGAUGCACAACAAUAUCGGCAACAAGAGGGACAGCAGCAGCCUGAGGACGGUCAGGAGGAGCAACAAGAGGGACAGCAGAGUCCCGAGGAGGGGCAAGAGGAGACUAUUGAGCAAGAUGUCAGUGUCAACCCAGUGGUCCCUCGCAUUUCGGCAUUGUCUGGCGAGUACAUGCCCAUGGCCGAAAUCAUUUUGGUGACUACUUCGCUCGGAGGCAUAAAGCACCAAUUCUUCCAGUCUAACCUGGCACGCCACCUUCUGGAUUGCAAGGGCGUUGUAUACUACGUCGUGGAUGCAAACCGCGAUUUCACCACCGCCACAACGCUGAAGGACCAUGAAUUGUUCGAGAAAUGGAAUGCCACGGGCAUCCUAAAAACGGAAACUAUCGGCCAGCGCAGCGCGGUGGUCAUUCCGCAGCUGAUCAUCGACGGUGUUUCUGUCGGGAACACUACUGCCAUGCAGGACCUGGAGGACGACGGUGACCUCGACUACAUCAUUGCACGGAUGUUGUGCCCCAGUUGCCUGGCGGAGAAACCGCAGGACGCCGUGCAGUGCCCGAGCUGCAACGUGCAGUACGACAUGCUAGUGCCGCCGGAAUACUGCGACGGUGUAGACAUACAGCGCAUAUGCCAGGGGGCGAUGUUUAGCGCCGACGACAAUGCAGAAUAA